GAAACGGAACUAAUACAUCACCAUUAUUGUACUUCUUCCUUCUUCACUUUGCUAACGGGCUACAUAGUGGUACCGUCCACUAUAAUAAAACGGGUAGACAUCAUGUAUGGGAUCUAUAUACUAGUGAAAAUACAUGAUGCACGCUUCAACUCCUGGUUUGCAAUUUCUGGCCUGGUAAUGAAUGAAUGAAUGAAUUUCAAUAUUUAUUAAAAUGUAUAAAAAUUUUACCAUUUUAAUAACUGGAGCUUCUCGAGGCAUUGGUGAAGAGAUUGCUCUUAAAUUUGCAAAAGAAAAAUGCAAAAUUAUUUUAUUAGCAAAAACAUUAGAUUUUCAUCCAAAAUUGCAAGGUUCAUUAAAUUCAGUUGCAGAAAAAAUCAGAAGCCUAGGAAGUGACUGCUUACCUUUACAAACUGAUAUUCGAGAUGAAUUACAAGUUAAAAAUAGUAUUGAAAAAGCCAUAAAUAAAUUUGGAGGAUUGAAUAUCGUGAUUAAUAAUGCUAGUGCCAUUGAGCUUAAAGAAAUGGAAACUAUCUCAAUAAAGAAGUUUGAUCUUAUACAUGACCUUAACCUUAAAGGAACAUAUUCAAUUAUUAAAUACACAUUACCUUACUUAUUGAAAAGUCAAGGCAAUGUUUUGACAAUUAGCCCUCCUUUAAAUUUCAAUCCUAAAUGGUUCAAAAAUUAUGUUGCAUAUUCUCAAUCAAAGUAUUCAAUGUCCUUAUUAACAUUAGGAUUUUCUGAAGAGUUUAGGGACAAAAUAAAAUUUAAUUCACUUUGGCCUAGAACAGCCAUUUAUACUGCUGCUAUGGAACUGUUAGCUGGUAAAGAUUGUAAAGAAUUAUGUCGAAAACCAUCUAUUAUGGCAGAUGCUGCUUAUUUAAUACUAAACCCAAAAUCUAAAUCUUCCGGGAUCUUUUAUAUUGAUGAACAAGUUUUGAAAGACGAGGGAAUUGAUUCAUUUACUAAAUAUUCUUAUUGUCCUCCUGAAAAGGAGUCUCAACUUAUGCCCGAUUUUUUCAUUGACUGAUCAUCUACUUUAAAAUAGCCAGAAUAUAAUCUCAAUUUAUUAUUACAUAAAUUGCACUUGAUAUAUUGCUUUAAUUAUAACUGAUGAUAUAUAAAAAAAUAAUUUAUCAUAUUAUUUAUGGUGCUAUUUAAAAAAUCUGAAUUUACAUUUGUUUGUCUGGAUCGCCACUGCUACAGAGGUUAUGAUGCAUAGUAAUAAAUUCUAUUUUUCUCGAGAAACAUGUGGCUCACGCUGAUUGAUGAAUCACUAUAAUAAAACCAGGGUGGGAAAAAAUAUUUUUUAAAUGUUUAUUGCAUUUAAUAAAAUUUGUGCUUUAUUAAGAAAAUUACUAAUUGGCCCCGUUUAACAUUACUUAUUUAAUGAGUUUAAAUUAAGUUAACUGGAGGAUUUGAUCUUAACAAAAAUCAGAAACCUGCAGGCCCGGGUACACGGGCGGGCCUUACUUUAAUUUUUUUAAAUACCCGGGCCGAGCCGUAUAUUUUAAAUCGCCAUUAUAAGCUAUAAAAAUUAAAAAUAAGUAGAAUAUAUUUUUAAAAAAAUCUCAGCCAAGCCGAAAAAUUAAUUUUUAAAAAGAAAAAUCUGGGUCGGGUUAUGCAAAUGGUACCUCUGCAGGUCUCUCAUAUAAAUUAAUUUUUAUAGUUUUUUUGAAAUAUUUUAAGAUUGAUUAAAGCCAGAGCACAGAUACCACUUUUAUACCGAAAUAUUGCCGGUAAUCUGGCUGAUAUCGCUGAUGCUUAUUAUAUAUAUAAAAAAGGCAAUAACCAUUUAUUGCUUCAAUUCGUUUACUGAUUUACUCAAAUAAAGAAGCAAUUGGGGGGAUAAAAAAUUUUAAUU